AUGAUAUCACGAUUUAUUGUGAUUAGCUCUAUUAUUACUGAUAUCACAUUAUCACCUAGUAAUGAAAUCGGUUUAAAAAAGAAACAAUACCAUAAGCUUCAAAAGUUAUCAUUUCCUCGUCUUGAUUGGUUAUAUUUAUCAGCAUUGAAAUCUGUUUUGUUUCCAUUUUAUCGAGCAACAGUAUUGCUAUCAGGUUCAAAAUAUCCAACUCUUUCAACAACUUACCAUGUUUUAAAAGAAUUGGAAAAAUUCUUAACAACUUUAAAAAGUGAUCGACCAUUAGUAAAUUCAUUAAAGGGACUUCUAUUAGUUCAAUUCAAUUAUUAUUUUGAACAAGAAAUAUCAUGGGAACAAAAUCGUGCAGCAUUAGUAAGUAUAACUGUUUAG